GGGUAUCUAGCAACACCGGAGUACGAUCGGCCACAUACUAGAGAUUGACAGCUGUUCGACUACAACUUUACUUUAUACUCGACCAGCCAGACGCGAUCAUGGUUCCAACCAAAGCACAGAAGACAGUCAAGUCCACAGAGACCGACGACGACGGCGGUAUCACCUUUAAGAAGAAGCAAGACGAUCUGCGCAAAUCUGUCGUGAUCCGUCAGGAAAAGGCGCGUACAAGAAUUCGCAAGAAUCGCAGCAACAAGCAGAAGGACUUGCAAAAGAGAAUUGAAUCCCUCAAGCGCAACAUCACGGUCGAGCAGUACGUUGAGUUUUGUGAUCCGAAUGAAUAUGAACCACGGCCAAUGCAUGUCGGCAUGCAUAUCCAACAUGGAAAUCCGAGAAACGCAUCUCAGCCAUCCAUCAGCACGUUUCGGCAAUUCCUGCCUCCUUGCGCGGCGUGCUCACCGCACGCCUCUGAGACGUGGAAAAGCAAAAAGGCUAAACUCUGCAAUCUAGACCCGGCACCGACGCCGACGCGUCAAGUCAGACCGCAUUCGGCACUCUUCGCGAUUUGCUCGCUCGCAAGACCGACAUCGAAAAACGCAUCACAGAAAGCAUCGAGGGCCUGGAAAGGGCCAUGCACACGACUUCUCGCGAGUUCCAAGUUGUUCUCGCGUCUCGCGCCGAGCUUCUUACGACGACAGCAGCAGCAGCAGCAGCAGCGACUACUGCAAGCGCAGGUCCGACCGCCGUGAUCGUGAAACCCUGAAGAGGCAAAAGUUACGAAACCUGCGCGCCGACAGGGAUUUCCCAACCAUCCGUUUGUUGCCAACUGCUUUGCUACUAUACGAUCGUAUCGAACGUGAGCUCUUGAAGAGUCAGAGUCUAAGAGAUGUGGGUGUCGGUGGCUGAGCGGCAGAGAUUUCCAGCCGCAUGCGACAAGGGAUGUUAUGGAAGGUCCUGCCAUGGCUGCUGUCAGAUCGCUUUCGCUCCAACUUGCUUCAACUUCACUACUUUGAACCUAGCGGCC